UGCAUUCACAGCAGACUGGAGCAGCAGACCCCCUCCCACUCACAUGCAUGCGGGUGCAUUUUACCAUCACACAGAGCUAGCAGUGGAACGGAAGACAGAGAAGACUCUUGCUCUUUUUUCACCAUUCUUGUGUAUAAUGUUUCUCCAUGGGGGCAAAGAGUGUGUCCUUUGUUGCUAUUUGCCUGUCUUUUAAUGUGAUGGACUAGCUAUUGCUCUCCUUGCAAGCCUCAGCUGGACUCCCCUUCAAUCCUUUGCAGGUACGUGUAAUGGAAAUUGAAGCCAUUGUUGGCCCAUUUCUCUUACAACUCCAUUUAAUCUUGGAGAAAAUCUCUGGCAUGGAAAUGCAGCGCUAAUAAAUCAUUGUGGGAGACAGAGCAACAAGAAAGCAGUUCAGCAGUCUGAGAAAAUGACAGAUAGACUCUGACAGAUGGGAGUACGGAUUUGCAUCAAGAAUGCAAUAUGGAAAACAAAGAAAUUUUUAGGGGGACAUCAGGGAAUUUCAUCUUUGAUUUUUGGAGGUUUUACAGGAAGCAAUGACACGUACAGAGGAUCACUGCACAGCCCCAGCAUCUGUUAUCUGAAAGCACAAGCACUGGUCUGAGAAAGCAAAUUUCUACUGAGGUCUGAUGAAGCAUUGCUGUUAUUGAAAAGAUCUGGAGCAGUGUGUCCCAGAAAUCCUCAUCGGCAACAUGUCAUUCGUUCUCUAGCUCCGCCUGGGCUCCAAGCAUACCCAUCUGCCAAACGUCUACCGUCAGAUAACCCUCAGGCUUCUCAUAACACAUGUUUAACCUCACUGAAUAGCACCACCAUACUUUUCAAAGCAGCACAUAUCUGUAACAUGCAGUGGCGACGGCGACACUGCUGUUCAAUCAAGAUGACAUGGAGUAUCAAGCGGUCACUCUUCCGUAUGCACAUGAUGGGCCUGCUUUUCCUGGCCUUACUGUUCACCAUCUUUCUCAGCUGCAAAGACUGGCUACCCAGUCAACCAGGACUACGAGAAAAUGCUGUGGCCUACACAAUGCAUGGCUUACAUCCAGUAAAGGAACAUGCUGAGGGCAACCAAAGCUCACUGCCAAGCCUCUGGAGGGAGUCACUUGUUCCUUCUAAGCCACCUAUGAACUUUAGUUCUCACCAAUCAGAGGUUGCAGUCCAAAGCAUCUCAGGAAUGGAAGUAUCUCUCAGCACUAACAAAACAAAUGGCAAUACCUUGCACAGAGAAAUGGGUGUGGGAGAGCAGCUGGCACCUAAUCCAUACCGGUAUUUGCUGAAUGAGCCCUACAAAUGUCAAGACAGCAGCCCCUUUCUCAUUCUGCUCAUUGCAGUAGAGCCACAGGACGUGGAGGCCAGGAAUGCCAUCAGGCAAACAUGGGGAAACGAGAGCAUGUUCAUGGGCGUGGGCUUUGUGCGUCUCUUUCUCAUGGGUAGGAAAAGCAGUCCUGAUGGCCAACUUCAGAGCAGCAUUGUAGAAGAAAGCUUCCAGCAUCACGAUAUCAUACAGCAAGACUUCAUGGACACCUACUACAAUCUUACCAUCAAGACACUGAUGGGCAUGAACUGGGUUGCCGAGUACUGUCCUCAUACCAGGUAUGUCAUGAAGACUGAUAGCGACAUGUUUGUCAAUACAGAGUAUUUAAUCCAAAAGCUGCUGAAGCCAGAGUUACCACCUCAGCACAACUACUUUACCGGCUACCUAAUGCGAGGUUACGCACCAAAUCGCAACAAAGACAGCAAGUGGUACAUGCCUCCAGAGCUCUAUUCCAGUGAGAGGUACCCUAUCUUCUGUUCUGGUACAGGCUAUGUGUUCUCUGGAGACAUGGCAGGCAAGAUAUACCAGGCAUCAUUAAGUAUACGUCGUCUGCAUCUCGAGGACGUCUAUGUUGGGAUCUGUUUAGCAAAACUGCAUAUUGAUCCUGUGCCACCACCAAAUGAGUUUCUCUUCAACCACUGGAGAGUUUCCUACUCAAGCUGCAAAUACAGUCACCUUAUCACUUCCCACCAAUUUCAGCCCAGUGAACUCAUCAAGUACUGGAACCACUUGCAGAGCAACAAGCACAAUGCUUGCAUCAACAUGGCAAAGGAGAAGAGUAGCAAAUUACAUCACAGGAGAAUGGAAUGGGAAAGGCUUCAGCGAUGACCACAAGCAUGACUCAGUGCAACAAUAUAUUUUAAAGCAUGUGUGAAACCAAUCAGUACACUAAUAUAAGAAAGAGCACAGUUUCUGUCAUAAUGUAAAGUCAAUUAAAACUAUUUUUUAAAUUUGAUAGAUGUUAUGUAUUGUAAAUCUAUGUAGCUAUUUUUAAAAAGGGGUGGGAGGUAAAUAUAUAGCAUGCACAAAAUUAUCAUAGGUGAGAUCACCUUUUCAGGUGCCACAAAAAAUUACAAUGCAACAAUUUCUCUCCAAAUAUUUAUUAAUAUUUAUUUCUAUAUUGAACAAGAAAACUUGAAACAAAAAAUUAUAGUCAUAGAUUUCUCUCUCUCUCUCUCUCUCUCUCUAUAUAUAUAUAUAUAUAUAUAUAUAGAGAGAGAGAGAGAGAGAGAGAGAGUGAGAGAGAGAGUUUUAGAUAGAGUUAACACAGUGCAGGUUUUAUUUUUAUUUUUUACUGAAGCAAAAAAGUUAGCCAACACCUAUGACCCAUGUGAAAAACUAAUUGCCCCCUUAAACUUAAAAUCUGGUUGUGCCACCAUUACCAGCAACAAGUGCACCCAAAUGCUUCCAAUAACUGGAGAGCAGUCUUUCACAGCACGGUGGUGGAAUUUUGACCCACUCUUCUUUGGAGACCUGCUUUAGUUCAUCCACAUUGGAGGGUUUUUGAGCAUGAACUGCCCGUUUAAGCUCCUGCUACAGCAUCUCAAGUGGUUUAGGAUUUUCUGGUAGAGCAGAAUUUAUUUUUCCCUCAAUUAUUGCGAGUUGUCCAGGCCCUGAAACAGCAAAGCAUCCCCACACCAUCACAUUUCCACCACCAUGCUUGACCGUAGGUAUGAUUUUCUUUUUGUGGAAUUCUCUGUUUGGUUUACGCCAGAUGGAACAGGACGCCUGUCUUCAAAACAGUUCCACAUCGACUCAUCAAUCCACAGAACGUUCUCCUAAAAGGUUUGAGGAUCAUCAAGGUGUGUUUUGGCAAAAUUCAGAUGAGCCUUAAUGUUCUACUGGGUUAGCAGUGGUUUUCACCUUGCCACUCUUCCAGGGAUGCCAAUUUUGUCCAGUUUCUUUCUGAUAGCGGAGUCAUGAACAGCUCCCUUUAUUGGUGCAAGAGGGCUGUGGAUAAUGGCCCUCACUGUGGUUCUUUGGAGUCCCAGAACCUUUGAAAAGGCUUUGUAACCCUUCAGAGACUGAUGUAUUUCAAUCACCUUCUUCUUUCAUAAUUUCUGGAAUUUCUUUCAGCUUUGGCAUAGUGGGUAAGACCUUUUAACUAACUUCAUGUUGUUGAAAAGUUCUAUUUAAGUGAUGAUUUGAGUGAACAGUGUUUGCAGUAAUCAGGCCUGGUUGCGUCUAGUCCAGCUGAACCCCAUUAUGAAUGCAGUUUCAUAGAUCUGGGGAAUUAGUAACUAUGGGGGCAAAUACAUUUUCACACAGGCCCAGCUGGUAUUGGAUAACUUUUUUGCUUCAAUAAAUAACAUUAUCAUUUAAAAACUGUAUUUUGUGUUUACUCAGGUUGCCUUUGUUUUAUCUUAGAUUUUGUUUAAAUUUCAACAACAAAAUACAAAAACAAUUUAGUAUGAGAUAUAUAUAAAAACAGAAGAAUCAGGAUACUGAAAAAAACACAGCACUGUGUAUGUGUACACACACACACACACCACACACACACACACACACAC